UCACACAUGUCAAUUGUUAAGCCAUGAAAGAAGUGAAAAGCUCGUCUUCUCUCUCCUUCGAACCGAUGGAGGCCAACCAGGCGACAGCAUAAACAAAAUUUCCCAACUCUCCAAUCUCAAUCCACACCUAAACCCAUCAUCUACUCUAUUCCUUCGAUCAUCAUCUUCAUCGUGGCAACGCUCGAUCACUCCCAGCACCACUCCUCGCCUCUCCGACCGCCCGAUUUGAUGACUCCCCGCCUGAAAUGUCGCCCCCCUUGCUAGACACCGGAACUCCGGCGCACACUUUGCACACUCAUUCGCAUAAUCCCCCCUUUCCCCGUGGAAGGUCUCGCACAAGAGGUCAUAUUCAAACUCCUAUUUUUUCUGCGUAUUCUUCUUUAUGCAUGAUGAACUCAUCAAAUGUUGGCAAUAGAGCUUCUGGGUCUUCAAAUUCAAGUGAAACCGAUUCAAAUUUUUUUUCCAAUUCGUCCUCACCCGCGCGAUCAGCGUCGGAAAACGCUGCGAUAGGCUCGGUAUCGCGUCUCUCGAAGCCUCGGCUGGUGAAGAUGAGGAAACACGGGUCUGGUUCUCACCAUCCCAGGUCGACGCCGCUCCAAGAUGAUCGUCAGAGUGAUUCGUUUUACAAUCCGUUUCGACCCGGUGCGGUGAAUUUCGAUCCAGUCUCGGCUGGGUCGCAAACGGGUGCUUCGGUUUCAGGUGAAAUUGAGCCUGGGAAGAGUGCGGUUGAUGAGACAUUUGUGUUCGGAGCGAAGCGAAGCGAUUCGAGUUUGAAUGCGAGUUUGAGUAUGGGUAAGGAUCUUGUUGAUGAAAUGAGGAAAUUAAGAAUUAAGGAGGAUCUUUUCAGGGCAAAAGAUGGUGUGUCUAAUUUAAAUACUGGAAGUAGUGCAAGUUCAAGUCUUGCUGAAGGGUCCAAUAGAGGGGGAGGUCUUGCAUUUGGGAGUGGCAAUCAGAGGACUUCUAGAUUUGGUGGUGAGAGCAUGUUGUCUGACCUUCCGUAUGAGAUGAGGAAGUUGAACAUUUGCAAAGGUUCUGGUGAUGAUGAAUGCUUGAAGAAAACUACACACGGGGACGUCAGGCUGAAUAAGUGUAGCAGUGGAAGUGGUGACAAUGUAGAUAGUUCCGUUGGUGGAAGCUUUGAAUCUACUCUUCCUAAUGAAUUGAAGAAAUUGAAUAUAAAGGGCUCUCUGGAGCUUGACAGUGAUAAUUUUACUUCUAAUGCUAAUGGGAAAGGUGAGUUUGUAUUUAGAAGCAGCCAGAAGGGCAUUGAUUCUCAUGCAGAAAGCUUAGCAGCUACACUUCCCAAUCAGAUGAAGAAUUUGAACAUUAAGGGAUCCUUAGAUACUAAGGACAAGACCAUACUGCAAGACAAAAUGAGCAGAUUGAAAAUUGGAAGUGGGAUUGGGGAUUCUUUUGUUCAUACAGAUACUGGUGCUUCUUCCUCUGAAGUGUUUGUGAAGGGGACUCAGCCUGUGAAUUUGGGUGACACGAAAUUACAUGAUCUUAAUAAAUUAUUUUCAAAAGAAUUCACAUUUAAUGCAGGGAUGCGUGGUAAGGAUGGGAAUGGUGGUCGGGUCCCUAUACGUCAAUUGAAUGAUGAUGCUAAAAUGACUGGAGCCAAUGCAUCAACUGGUCUUCGCUUCCAACCAGAAGGGAAUGCUUCUGGAGCAGAGUUUCUUGGUAGACCUGACUUUAAGCAUGCAUUUUGUUUUAGUAGCGAACAAGAUGUUAUAGGGUCUCCCAAUGUAGAAUUUACAACAACGAAGUUAAAAGCAAAUGCGUUCUCCAGCUUAAAUCAGAGUUUGGAAUUCAGUGCAAAAAGGGAAGCAGCUAAAGAUGCUAGGUCAAAGAAAAGAAGGGGAAAGUUGAGGCAACCCGUUCCUGUCCAGCUGCGGCCUGGAAAUGAUUUUGUUUCAACGGGAAGUGGAGCCCAACCAAACCUAGAGUCUUCUGAGUCAUACUCACCAAUGGAAAUCUCUCCAUAUCGGGAAACAUUGGCUGAUAACCAAUGUUCCAGGGAAGCUUCUGUGACAUCAGAUGAGUCUUCCUGUUUUGAUAACAACCAUGCAUUAGCUGAUCCACGUCCAGUGGUUUCAGAUGAGGCAAUAGAUGAAGAUCUGGUUGCUGCCACACAAUGCUUGGAGAUUGAUGAAGAUGAGGUGAAAUGCAGUGAAACAAAAGAACGUUCGGGCUAUAGAUUUGGAGAUGAUGUCAGCACAGGAGUUCCUCAAGAAGAGCCUCUUUCUGGGGCUGAAACUGAAAGUUUUAAGUCUGCUAAUGAGCAACUAGACAAUAACAACGAUGCCAUUGCUACUUCUGCAGAAACUGAUGUUGGUUUGUGUUCAAAAACAGAGACACAAGAUAGUGAUGGCAAGAUGCAAUUUUCUUUUGCUUCUAGUUCAGAAGAUAUUGGCAGGUCUAGCUUCACCUUUGCAGCAUCAUCUUCUACUCAAAGUCAAUUAUUAUCUCCUGCACGCCACAACAAAAAGAAAAAUAGAAUGAAAGUCGGUCAUGAUUCAUAUAAUUGUACCCCCAAUGCAAAAGAUCCGUAUACAUCAUCUUCUGGGCAAUUAUUUGAAUUAUCUGGAACUUCUUCACUUCUGCCUCUUCGUAAAGGUUUAACAGUGGAUGUAUCAACACCUCAAUAUAAAGGAGGAAAUAAUUCUGAGGUAUUUGAAGAACAAGUGAUAAAGCAGGAGUCUAUCGCUGCUUCUGCUGCAGUGGCUGCGGCCCAAGACGAAUGUGAGAAGUGGCGACUAAGGGGAAAUCAAGCUUAUACAAAUGGGGAUAUGUCUAAAGCAGAGGACUGUUAUACACGGGGGUUGAAUUGUGUUUCCCAGAAAGAGGCAUCAAGAAGCUGUCUCAGGGCACUAAUGCUGUGCUAUAGCAAUCGUGCAGCAACACGCAUGUCUCUUGGAAGAAUUAGAGAAGCACUAGGAGACUGUAUGAUGGCCACUGCAAUAGAUCCCAACUUUCUUAGAGUGCAACUUAGAGCUGCUAAUUGUUGCCUUGCCUUGGGGGAGGUUGAAGAUGCAUCAAAAUAUUUCAAGAAGUGCUUGCAAUUGGGAAGUGAUGCCUGUGUGGAUCGAAAGAUUUCAGUAGAAGCCUCUGAAGGUCUGCAGAAGGCACAGAAAGUGUCUGAGUACAUGAUUCAUUCUGCUGAACUCUUGCAACGCAGAACACCCAAUGAUGUGGAGAGUGCUUUGACUGUAAUUUGUGAUGCUUUGUCAAUAAGCUUGUACUCAGAGAAAUUACUUGAAAUGAAGGCAGAGGCCCUUUUUUUGCUGCAGAAGUAUGACGAGGUGAUUAAACUAUGUGAACAAACUCUUGGAUCUGCUGAAAAGAACUCUCCUAUGAUUGGUGCUGAUGGCAAUCUAGAAAAGGCAGACAAUUCUGAACUUGCAAAGUAUUCUUCUUCCAGGAUUUGGUGUUGUUGUCUUUCUUUCAAGGCCUACUUUUAUCUGGGAAGACUUGAGGAGGCACAUGAAAUGGUGGAAAAGCUAGAAGGAUCAGGGAAUGAAAUCCAGGCUUUGAAAUCAUCAAUACCAUUAAUCGCCACAGUACGCGAGCUUUUGCGCCAAAAGGUUUUAGGGAACAAAGCAUUUCAAUUGGGAAGCCAUGCAGAAGCUGUUGAACAUUAUACUGCUGCUUUGUCAUGCAAUAUUGAGUCACGCCCCUUUGCUGCUAUUUGUUUUUGCAAUCGUGCUGCAGCAUACCAAGCUUUGGGCCAAAUUACUGAUGCAAUUGCAGAUUGCAGCCUAUCUAUAGCUAUCAAUGGAAAUUAUCCAAAGGCAAUUUCUAGAAGAGCCACCUUGUUUGAGAUGAUUAGAGAUUACGAACAAGCAGCUAGUGAUCUUCAGCGACUUGUAUCUCUUCUGACAAAGCAAGUAGAAGAGAAGGCCAAUCAUUCUGGACCAUCUGAUAAAUUGACUAGCUGUGUGAACGAUCUAAGGCAAGCUCAGUUACGCCUGUCCUCUGUGGAAGAAGCAGCAAGAAAGGAAAUUCCCUUGGAUAUGUACCUAAUUUUGGGCAUUGAACCAUCUGUCACAUCGACGGAAAUUAGGAAGGCUUAUCGGAAAGCUGCACUUAGACACCAUCCUGACAAGGCUGGUCAAUAUUUGGUACGAAAUGAGAAUGGAGAUGAUGGGAUUUGGAAGGAAAUAGCUGAAGAGGCCCACAAGGAUGCUGAUCGUCUUUUCAAAAUGAUUGGAGAGGCAUAUGCAGUACUCUCAGACCCUACUAAGCGUUCACGGUAUGAUCUUGAAGAACAAACCAGGAACGCUCAGAGCCAAAGCUGUGGAAACAACACACCAAGAACACAUACAGAUUUCCCAAAUCAUCCCUUUGAGAGAAGCAACAGCAGGCGACAAUGGCGAGAGGUAUGGAGAUCAUAUGGAAAUUCUGAGUCUCAUGGGUCAGAAGCACCUCGAUCAAGCAGGUACCGCUGACGAUACAUGCGAGAUGCAUUAUGAGCACCUCAAGAUUUUUAUGUCAUGUUCAGAAGCUUGUAUGAUGAUGGAUUUGUUCAGAAGCUAUUCUACCUAGCUUCCAGUGGGAGGUCCAGUUGAGAUCCAGCUGACGAGCGGCGUAUUCAGGUACUUGAAAACAAACGGAGAUGCACGCAGACAUGAAAUGCUUGCAUUGGGAAUCUUUGAGAAUAGUGAUCGAGUGUUCGUUUUGGCGUGUCUUCAAAUGAUUUGCCGCCAAAGUGUGCCUGUGCGUGGGGGUGUGGAUGUGUGUGAGCGUGUGUGAGGGGGAAAGAGAGAGAGAGAGAGAGGGAGAGUUGUUUUUAAUUGUGAGCUAUGUAUAUGUGGCGGCAACGUGUACAGGUCUAACAAAAUGCAUGAAUGCUGACUGGAAUUUUUUUUUCGGGCUCAGUUAUGUGCGAGUUCUCACCUCAGGCAGCACCAGCUAUAAUUGUGAACAAAGUCAUUCAGUUAAUUUUUUGUGUUGGAUAUGAUUUUUUGCUCAUUCGUUUGUAACUUGUAUGGAGAACAAAAUGAGAGACAAGAGUGAAGGCAUGCUUUGUUCAUCAAGGAAAAUGUAAAUUUCAUACAGAUAUGGCCUAUAGACUUGUGGUUUUUAAA